GGCACGGAGAGGAGCGGAGGGGGAGGCACAGCGCUGCCGCGGGAGCCCGCGGUCGCCUCGGCGCUCCCCAUGGGGAUCGAGAGCUUCUGCAGCGCCGGCGGCUACGAACCCUUUUGGGAUUGGAAUCUGACAUGGCACACAGAAAAUCCAGACUUUACCCCAUGCUUUCAGAACACAGUCCUGAUCUGGAUUCCUUGUGUUUACCUGUGGGUCUGCUUCCCAGUGUACUUUCUAUACCUUCGUUGUCAUGACAGGGGUUACAUACAGAUGUCAAAUCUCAACAAAGCCAAAACGGCUUUGGGUUUAAUAUUGUGGAUAGUCUGCUGGGCAGACCUCUUCUACUCUUUCUGGGAAAGAAGUCAAAAUAUUUUUCGAGCUCCCUUUUUUCUUGUUACGCCUACAGUAUUGGGUAUAACAAUGUUGCUUGCUACAUUUUUAAUACAAUAUGAAAGACUAAAAGGUGUCCAGUCUUCAGGGGUAAUGAUGAUUUUCUGGCUCAUCUCAUUGUCAUGUGCCACAGUGAUUUUUAGAUCCAAAGUAAUACAUGCCUUAAAUACGGGUGCUGGAGUGGAUGCAUUCCGUUAUGUCACCUUUGGCAUCUACUUCAUCUUGUUACUUGUACAGCUCAUCCUGUGUUGUUUCCCAGAAGAACCACCUUUGUUUUCUGAAACAGUAAAGGAUCCUAAUCCGUGUCCAGAGUUCAGUGCUUCUUUUCUCUCCAGAAUCACAUUCUGGUGGAUCACUGGGCUGAUGGUUCAGGGUUAUCGGAGACCUUUGGAAGCCAAGGAUUUGUGGUCGUUAAAUAAAGAGGACAAAUCAGAGGAGGUGGUGCCAAGUUUAGCUAGAAACUGGGCAAAAGAAUGGGCAAAGACCAAGAGGCAACCAUUAAAUAUGUUAUACCUGCCCAAAAAGCAGCAAAAGUCAAGCAAUUCAAAUGGUGAUAUGACAGAAGAGGCUGAAGCUUUGAUUAUAAAACCAUCUCAGAAGAGAUCUGAAGCAUCUCUGUUCAAGGUGUUAUAUAAAACCUUUGGACCAUAUUUUCUCAUGAGCUUCCUGUUUAAAGCUGCACAUGAUCUCUUGAUGUUUACAGGCCCAGAAAUUCUGAAACUGCUAAUCAAAUUUGUAAAUAACAAAGCUGCCCCAAACUGGCAAGGAUACUUUUAUACCGGGCUGCUGUUUGUUUGUGCCUGUCUGCAGACACUGAUUCUUCACCAGUAUUUCCAUAUUUGUUUUGUAACUGGAAUGAGGCUGAAAACAGCUAUUGUUGGUGUAAUUUACCGAAAGGCACUUGUUAUUACAAAUUCUGCUAGAAAGACUUCAACUGUGGGUGAGAUUGUGAAUCUCAUGUCUGUGGAUGCUCAGAGAUUCAUGGACUUGGCUACCUAUAUAAACAUGAUUUGGUCUGCACCUUUCCAAGUGAUAUUAGCACUGUACUUACUGUGGCAGAAUUUAGGUCCUUCAGUGCUGGCAGGAGUGGCUGUUAUGAUCCUUUUGGUUCCGAUAAAUGCUGUGAUGGCAAUGAAGACAAAAACCUAUCAGGUGGCUCAAAUGAAGAGCAAAGACAACAGAAUUAAGCUGAUGAAUGAAAUUCUCAAUGGGAUUAAAGUUUUGAAACUUUAUGCUUGGGAAUUAGCCUUCAGAGAGAAGGUUUUAGAGAUCAGACAGAAAGAACUCAAAGUCCUAAAAAAAUCUGCUUACCUUGCUGCAAUGGCAACCUUCACUUGGGUUUGUGCUCCUUUUUUGGUUGCCUUGUCCACAUUUGGUGUGUAUGUCACCAUAAACAAGAACAACAUCUUGGAUGCUCAGAAGGCAUUUGUGUCCCUAGCAUUAUUCAACAUCCUCAGGUUUCCACUGAACAUGCUUCCUAUGGUUAUCAGCAACAUAGUAGAAGCCAGUGUCUCCCUGAAGCGCCUUAGGGUGUUCCUGUCUCAUGAAGAGUUAGAUCCAAGCAGCAUCAUCAGGGGUCCCACCACAGAGGCUGAAGGAAGUAUUGUUGUAAAGAAUGCAAUGUUUAGCUGGUCCAAAAAUGAUCCUCCUUUACUCAACAGCAUUAAUUUCACUGUUCCUGAAGGCUCCUUGGUAGCUGUUGUUGGUCAAGUUGGCUGUGGAAAGUCCUCAUUGCUGUCUGCGUUGCUGGGGGAGAUGGACAAAAAGGAAGGCUAUGUGGUUGUCAAGGGCUCAGUAGCCUAUGUUCCUCAGCAAGCCUGGGUCCAAAAUGCAACUCUGGAAGAUAACAUUAUCUUUGGAAGGGAGAUGAAUGAGAGCAGGUACAAGUGUGUGAUUGAGGCUUGUGCACUGCUGCCUGAUAUCGAGCUUCUUCCUACAGGAGACAAAACAGAAAUAGGAGAAAAGGGUGUGAAUUUGUCUGGAGGACAGAAACAACGAGUCAGUCUUGCUCGGGCAGUUUACUGUAAUGCAGAUGUCUAUUUAUUUGAUGAUCCUUUAUCAGCUGUUGACGCUCAUGUUGGGAAACAUAUUUUUGAAAAAGUUAUUGGACCAAAAGGAAUCCUGAAAAAUAAAACACGGGUUUUGGUAACCCAUGCCAUCAACUAUCUGCCUCAAAUGGAUACAAUUCUGGUAAUGACUGAUGGAGAAAUAUCUGAAAUGGGUUCCUACCAGGAGCUGAUGAAGCAAGAUGGGGCUUUUGCUGAGUUUCUUCGUACCUAUGCUAAUGCUGAACAGAGCAUGGAGGAGAGUGAAUCAGAUCCUUCAUUAGAAGGAACAGUUCAGCCUCUGGAAACAGAUACAAAUGGUCCAUCUGGAAAGGAUGGAAAGCCUGCAGAAAAUGGAGUCCUUGUGAAUGAAGCCCCUGGAAAGUUGAUGCAUAGGCAGCUCAGUAACUCUUCAACAUACAGCAGAGACACUGGGAAGUCACAGCAGCAGAGCAGCACAGCAGAGCUGCAGAAGCCACCUGCUGAAAAGAAUUCCUGGAAACUGACAGAGGCUGACACAGCAAAGACUGGAAGGGUAAAGGCAACAGUGUAUUGGGACUACAUGAAAGCAAUUGGACUCUUUAUCUCUUUCUUGAGCAUCUUCCUCUUUAUGUGUAAUCAUAUAGCUUCCCUGGCUUCCAACUACUGGCUAAGUUUAUGGACAGAUGAUCCUGUUAUCAAUGGGACACAGCAGUACACAAGUGUCAGACUGGGAGUGUAUGGAGCACUGGGCAUUUCUCAAGGUAUUGCUGUGUUUGGCUACUCCAUGGUUGUGUCAAUAGGGGGAAUAUUUGCUUCACGACACCUGCACCUUAACCUGCUGCACAAUGUCCUCAGGUCCCCAAUGAGUUUCUUUGAGCGUACACCCAGUGGCAAUCUAGUGAACCGUUUCUCUAAGGAGUUGGAUACCAUUGACUCCACCAUUCCACCAAUCAUCAAGAUGUUCAUGGGCUCAACUUUUAAUGUGAUUGGGGCUUGUAUCAUCAUUCUGCUGGCCACACCUAUUGCUGCUGUCAUUAUUCCACCUCUGGGACUUGUCUACUUGUUUGUGCAGAGGUUUUAUGUGGCCACAUCUCGCCAGCUCAAACGCCUCGAGUCUGUCAGUCGUUCUCCUGUGUAUUCUCACUUCAAUGAGACCCUCCUGGGAGUCAGUGUCAUUCGAGCCUUUGAGGAGCAGAAACGUUUCAUAAGGCAGAACGACAUAAAAGUGGAUGAAAAUCAGAAAGCUUAUUAUCCAAGCAUUGUUGCAAACAGGUGGCUGGCUGUUCGUCUGGAGUACGUGGGGAACUGCAUUGUCCUCUUUGCAGCAUUGUUUGCAGUGAUUGCACGCAACAAACUCAGUGCAGGACUGGUUGGCCUCUCAGUAUCCUACUCAUUGCAGAUUACAGCAUAUUUGAACUGGUUGGUUCGCAUGUCAUCUGACCUGGAAACCAACAUUGUUGCUGUAGAAAGAGUUAAAGAAUAUGCUGAAAUGGAGAAGGAGGCUGAGUGGAGCAUUGAACAAACGGCCCCGCCGAGCAGCUGGCCUGAGGAGGGGAAGGUUGAGUUCCGAGGCUACGGCUUGCGUUACCGGGAAGACUUGGAUUUGGUUCUGAAAAACAUAAAUGUUACCAUAAAUGGGGGUGAGAAGAUUGGAAUAGUUGGAAGAACAGGAGCUGGAAAAUCCUCCCUUACUUUAGGUUUGUUUCGGAUUAAUGAAGCAGCUGAAGGAGAAAUUAUUAUUGAUGGAAUUAAUAUUGCAAAGAUAGGGCUCCAUGAUUUGCGGUUCAAGAUCACCAUUAUCCCUCAGGAUCCAAUCUUGUUUUCUGGCUCUCUGCGUAUGAAUCUUGAUCCUUUUGACCAACACUCUGAUGAAGACAUUUGGAGGUCUUUGGAAUUGGCUCACCUGAAAAACUUUGUAUCAUCUCUUCCUGAUAAACUUAAUCAUGAGUGUGCUGAAGGUGGAGAGAACCUCAGUGUGGGACAGCGCCAGCUGGUGUGCCUGGCACGAGCUCUUCUCAGGAAAUCCAAAAUCCUGGUUCUAGAUGAAGCCACAGCUGCUGUUGAUCUUGAAACAGAUAAGCUUAUACAGUCAACAAUAAAAUCUCAAUUUGAAGAAUGUACUGUAUUAACUAUAGCACAUCGUCUGAACACAAUCAUGGACUACACAAGAGUUUUAGUCCUGGAAAGAGGAGAAGUGGUGGAGUGUGGUAGCCCAGACCACCUACUUCAGAAGAAAGGCAUUUUCUAUAGCAUGGCCAAAGACUCAGGCUUGGUGUAGCAUUUGAACUUUGUCAGUUUGAGUGGAAAAGAUGGAGGUGAUACACUGAGAACUGUAACUUCCCCUGAGCUGGUGUGAGCUGUACAGUUCAGUUUCAGACCGAGUGAAUUCAGCCAGAGUGGUGAAAGAAGUAACAUAAAAAUGCAAUUUUUUUUUUUCAAUUGUCCUUAGUAUUGACUUUAGCCAGCUUUAGGAGAAGCACAUACUGUGCAAAACACUUUAGAGACUUUUAAUUUUUGCCUGGAAUCUGUCAUUAUAUGCUCAAAUGUAAGGCAGAGUGAUUAAUCAGAAAAGUUCAGAAAAGCUUUUUCUUUUCAUCUGCUCUUAUGUUCCAAAGCCUCCUCCCCCUCUUUUUUUUUUUUUUUUUGUUUAAAACAUUUUUGAAAAUGCUAGUUAUUUGCUUGUUUGCUGAUCCCUCAUUUGAUGAGCCAUCUAUUGUGGGAUGUACUUGGAACAUUUUGUGGCAUACAGUACUAUAGUCCAAAGAUUUUUCUUGUGAAAUAACAUGUGCCAGACUUCCUCAUUAUGGCAUCUACUGUUCAUGAUUAAUGCUCUUAUGCAUUCUCCUAAAGGUUUCAUGUGUUUACAGUGUAUAGCAGCAAGUUCACUAUAGUAUAUCAUUAGUGCUGAUGUGAAAAAGCACAGUCAACUUCAAGGCAGUAUUUAAGCAUGUCUAGAAAGACAAUCACUCCAAAAACAAACUUGUGCAGCAGCUGGUGUGUUGCAAUAUGUAGUACCUGGUCAUACACCCAGUUCACUCAGGAAUUCUGACUUGGGUGGUGAAUCCUGGUUGUGCUUGUGGGGACUCAGCUGAGGUGAGGAUUUGAUUGAGUGGAGUUUGCAGGCUUGGUGUGUUACUGAUUGUAAUAACCUUGGCUUUGGCAGUUCUGUGCUUUAAAGAGAAGUUCUGCCACAUCAAGGACCAUUAGCCUUAUACUGAAGAAACAUGCCCUUCAUGCUGCUGCUGUUGACUCUUAAAUUUUGAGGGAAACUGUUCUGUUACAAUUGUUGAAAAGAAAAAAAGUGUUGCUGUUUUUAAAGUUACGUGUCAGAGGGGUCUAACCAUCCAAUUUGGAAUGGAGUCUGGUUUUCAAGAUCUGUGUUGAAUGUUCAUUUUUCUGUGAGAAGAAAAAAGUUACUUUUCUCAUGUUCUAAUUAGUCUUAUUUUAAAGGAAAAUGCUGGAAGAAGGCAAAUUAAGUCAGACAGACCCAAAUACUCAGCACUCUGAGAACGAGGGCUUCUGUGAAUGAUAUUGCUGACCUUAAUACUAGACAAUUGUCUUCUUUAGAGUAAAACUAUUUAUUUUUUUGUAAAUUAUGACUCUCAAAUGGAAUAGACUGAAAUUUUCUUUGGUAUUUUUUGUAAUGACUAUACAAAUAUUUGCAAAGAACUUGAAGUAAAAAAAUUGUUUGAAAGAA